GAUGUGCAGGGAUUUGUGCAACUCAAGCAAUAACUGUACAAUCUUAAAAAACAACAGGGAAGUAAUACCCAAAGGACCUUUCGAAAUAGUUUGCUUCGAAUGGAGACAAUGAAGAUUGUGCGAUUGGGAGUUAUUUUUUUCCUUUGUAAGGUCUUUUUGUGUGAAUAUGUGGAGGGGUCUUCAUGUACUCGUGGUUUUGAGACGGAGUUGCUGGUUUUUAAAGUGCACAGAGAUCACCUUCACCAAGGAAAAAGACUAGGAAGAGUAAUUUUUAAUACAUGCGAUGGAAGAACAAGAACGCUCUUUCAGUCCUCUGACAAGCGGUUUGAUGUGAACACGGAUGGGACUGUAACGCUGAAGAGACAAGUCACUCUUCAUGAAGGUCACAAGGUGUUUUCUGUGCACGCUUGGGACUCCAGUGGCAAGAAGCACACGGUGUCUGUCAGAGUUGAGUGUGUCCACCAUCAUGAGGACCAUCACAUGGACACGGUCAUGAACAUCUCCUCUCCACAGAUGGAGUCUCACUCUGACGAUCUGGUUCUGAUGUUUCCAAAGUCUUCGACGGGUCUAAAGAGAGCAAAGAGAGAAGCAAAGGGAGGUUGGGUUAUUCCUCCGUUCAAUGUAAUGGAGAAUAGCAGAGGUCCUUUCCCAAUGAAGCUGGUCCAGAUAAAGUCGGACUAUUCUUCUAAAUAUCAGAUGGCAUACAGUCUCACAGGUGAAGGAGCAGAUCUGUACCCUAAGGGGAUUUUUAUUAUAGAAAGAUUAUCAGGGAAUCUGUAUGUGACUCGGACACUUGACAGAGAAGUAAAAGCUUCAUACAGACUUAUAGCUCAUGCUACUGGAGUUGGUGUGAAUAUAGCAGAAAAGCCAAUGGAAAUUAUUGUAAAGGUGAUUGACCAAAAUGAUAAUCGUCCUGUUUUUAGUAAAGAAAUAUAUAAUGGACGUGUUCCUGAAGCUGCUGAAAUAGGUCAUGAGUUUAUGACAGUCAACGCCACUGAUUUAGAUGACCCAGAUACUGACAAUAGUGUGAUCAGAUACUCAAUUGACAGGCAAGAACCACCAUUUCCACAACCAAACAUGUUUGGUAUCAACACUGUAACUGGAGGCAUUCAUGUGAUAAAAACAGGCCUGGAUAGAGAGCAAUGGCACAGAUAUAAUUUGGAUAUUACGGCUACUGACCUUAAAGGAAAGGAUUUGUCAACCACUUGUUCAGCUAUUAUUUUUGUGACUGACAGCAAUGAUAACGCACCUCAGUUUGAGCAAACCUCGCACACUGUAUCUGUCCCAGAGAAUAAAGUAGGAGCUGUAGUGGCCAAACUUACAGUUACUGAUGAAGAUAAAGAGGGAUCUCCUGCCUGGUCAACCAAAUAUCAGAUUAUUAGCGGUGACAAGGGUGGGUUUUUCAAUGUCAGUACUGGACCCAGCCGGCUAGAGGGCAUCAUCACCACUGUAAAGCCUCUGGACUUUGAGAAGAACAAGCAAUACAUUCUGUCUGUGAUUGUUGAGAACGAUGAGCCGUUCGUCGGUGCUUUGGCCACUUCCACUGCCACAGUCACGGUGAAUGUAGAAGAUGUGAAUGAGCCUCCAGAGUUUAAUCCAAAGGAGAGGGUUAUUUACAAACCUGAAGAUUCACCGAUUGAUAGUGAAUUGGUUUCUUAUACAGCCACUGAUCCGGAUAUUGGAAAACCACAGAAAAUAACGUAUAAAAUUGGCAAUGAUCCUGAAGGCUGGCUGAGUGUAAAUCAAGACACUGGAUUGAUUAAAGUCAAGAGGCUUAUGGACAGAGAAUCUCCCCAUGUCAAAGAUGGGAAAUAUACAGCUAUCAUUUUGGCUGUGGAUGAUGGUAAUCCUCCAGCAACUAGCACUGGAACCCUGAUAAUUGAAUUGGAGGAUUCAAGCAAUUCAUUCUGUCUGCGAUGAUUCAUUUAUCAAUACUUUGCCCACUUCUGCUCUGAAGAAGUAAACAAUGUUAAAUCCAAAAGAGAGGUUUAUUUUAUAAUUGAAUUAGAGGACAUAAAUGACAGGACUUCCUGCAUAUGUUUAAUGAAUCAUCAGCAAUCUUUCUUAAAGGGUUAGUUCACCCAAAAAUGACAUUUCUGUCAUUAAGUCCUCACCCUCAUGUCGUCCCAAACCCGUAAGAUUUUUGUUUGUCUUCAACACACAAAAUAAGAUAUUUUUGAUGAAAUCCGAGGGUAUCUGAUCCACACAUUGGCAGCAACGUCAUUGCUCCUUUUGAGGUCCAGAAAGGUACUAAAGACAUCGUUAAAACAGUCGACGUGACUGCAGUGGUUCAACCUUAAUUUUAUGAAGUGAUGAGAAUACUUUUUGUGCACAAAAACAAAACAAAAUUAAUGACUUUAUUCAACAAAUUCACCUGUCCCCUGUCAUACUGCUAUUUUCGUUGCAGAGCUUCAGUGUUUAUGUCUGAACGUGGGCUCAGUAGGUCUUACAGGUUUGGGACAACAUGAGGGUGAGUAAUGACAGAAAUUUAAUUUUUGGGUGAACUAACCCUUUAAGAAUGUGAAUCAGUCAGUAUAAUUGUUAUGAUUAUGUAGAAUUGAUCUGUAAAAGCAACCUGUGUGUGUGUGUUAGUGAGUACCUUAGCAACUGCAUAGUGACACCCUAGCAACCAUCCAGAAUAUCAUUGUUUAUGGCCUAUAAACCUUUAAACUUUAAGCUUUAAAUUUACUUCAAACUGAAAACCUUCAAACGUUGUUACAAGAUUCAAAUGUAACUUGUAACAAACGUAAUGUAACCUUUUCACUCUUAAUAAGUUUAAUCUUUAUUUACCUUUCUUAUAAAGUAAUUGCCUUUCUUAAAGUUAAGAACAUUAA